UUUCUUCUACUUGAUAAUCCGUCUCUAUAAUUUGAGAUUAGCCAGAUACAAUUCUACUCACUACUAAUUAAUCUGCUCUAAAAUGGAGAAAAUGCAAAUUAGCAGCUUUUACUCUUCCCUGCUCCUCCUCCUUGUGCUGCUUCAUCUUGCUGCAGAAGUGAGACCUCAACUGAGCUCCGAUUUCUACGCGCAGAGCUGCCCCAACGUGCUCAAGGUGGUGCGACGCCAAGUGUUGAAUGCGGUGAAGACAGAGAUGAGGAUGGCGGCUUCGCUGCUCAGGCUCCACUUCCAUGAUUGCUUCGUCAAUGGCUGCGAUGGUUCCAUUCUUCUCGACGGCAGCGACGGCGAGAAGUUCGCCUUCCCCAACAUAAACUCUGCUCGGGGAUUCGAGGUCGUCGACGCCAUCAAGGCCGCCGUCGAAGACGAGUGCGGUGGAGUCGUCUCUUGCGCGGAUAUACUCGCCAUUGCUGCCAGAGAUGCUGUUCUUUUGAGUGGUGGGCCUUCGUGGAGAGUCCUCCUCGGCCGGAGAGAUGGCCUCGUCGCUAACCAAUCCGGAGCCAACUCCAACCUUCCGUCUCCGUUCGAAAGCGUCGCCGCCAUCUUCCAGAAAUUUAAGGACGUCGGCCUCGAUUCCAUCACCGACGUCGUCGCUUUAUCAGGUGGGCACACGAUCGGGCUGGCGCGAUGUUUCUUGUUCAGAAACAGGUUCUCCGGCGACGACAUGCCGCUGGAAUCGAACAUGGCGUCGGAGCUGCAGAGCCUCUGCGCACAGAGCAGCGACGGCAACGCGACGGCGGCGCUCGACCGGAACUCGGUGGACGUGUUCGACAAGCAUUACUUCACGAAUUUGAAAGGAGAAAGGGGGCUGCUGUCGUCGGACCAGCGGCUGUACUCCGGCGAUGACGCCGCGACCAAGGCGCUGGUGGAGAUCUACAGCGACAACGUGGCGCUUUUCUUCGCCGACUUCGCCAAGUCCAUGAUCAGGAUGGGGAACUCGAGCCCGCUCACUGGGAGCGCCGGAGAAAUACGAAAGAAUUGCAGGGUUGUGAACUAAGGCUGUGCUGGACGUACUCUGGUAAAUGUAAUAAAUAAUGUAAUGUAAUUAUUACAUUACUAUAUUUGGUAAAGGACUUUCGCUUGAGAAAGAGUAAUGCAUUCAACUCA